AUGGCGGUUAAUCCACCAGUUAUUGUCGAAGUUGCCAACGAUGUUGAAGUAUCAAAGGGUUCAAUACUCAUCCCUCCAGUGGUCAAAAUUACACCCGGCGAGUCGUAUCAGUACCAUUUUAUUUCAAAUGACCCGAAGAACCAUGACAUCCUCGCCCAGUCACCCCCUUUUACAGUCAAGAAACCUGAAGUUGUUCAGCCGAAUAACCCACCGGUUGCUACCAUCCCUUCGAAAUCGGCAGAGACUGGAAAACCCGGGACGUGGCCAAAAUUGCCCGCUGACACCACAACAACCAUUACUUCUAGCGGGUCGGCCAAAAUUACCACAUCCACAACACCAGCGCUUCCCCAUGCAACUACGUCGAGAUAUAUCCUGUCUAUUCCGACUAUUAGCCCUUCGCGCAACACUGGAGCAUCACUUGGAAGUUUUAUAUCAAUUAGCUGUGUUAUGCUAGCUCUCGCAGGUUUUGUUAAUGCGUUUUAA